GCGGUGGCGCAUGCGCACGAGUUCCGUGAGUCCUGGUGGCGCACGCGCAGUGGCGUGGGGCCUGCCGUCCGUGCCGGGCGGGCGCCGAAGGGGAGCUCAAGGAGACCGGGCCGCGGGCGCGGGCUGGCGCCAUGCCGGGCUCGCUGGAGGUGCCCUCGCUGGAGGAGCUCGAGGUGCCGGAGGUAAGCGUCAGCUCCUCCGUGCUGAAAGCUGCAGCCCAUCACUAUGGCUCACAGUGUGACAAGCCCAACAAGGAGUUCAUGCUGUGCCGCUGGGAGGAGAAGGACCCCCGGAAAUGCUUAAAGGAAGGAAAGCAAGUCAAUCAGUGUGCACUGGACUUUUUCAGGAAGAUUAAGGCACACUGUGCAGAACCUUUUACUGAAUACUGGACUUGUAUUGAUUAUACCAACCUUCAAGAGCUUCGUCGUUGCCGAAAACAGCAGCUGGCAUUUGAUAAUUGUGUGCUGGAGAACUUGGGCUGGGUGAGACCUGAUCUGGGAGAGCUGUCUAAGGUCACAAAAGUGCAGACAGACCGACCUAUCCCUGAGAAUGUCUAUCAUUCCAGACCAAGACCAGAGCCAAGUCCGCCCAUUGAAGGAGAUUUGAAGCCUGCUAAAUAUGGCAGCAGGCUUUUUUUCUGGAACUGGUAAAAUGGGACCGACAACUCUAUAGUAAGCUCUGUUCUUUGCAAAUGUAAAUUAUCUUGUCCAAUGUGUAUUGGGUGCAAUCGUUAAUGAUUAAAAAACGCAUAAUUCA